AGUAUUGCCUGUGUAGGUGCAGUUGACGGUCAACUUGUACUUCUAUCAACCACGCACGUCGAUUCUAGACUACAACCAUCGUUAGAUAUGGAUUUAUAAGGACGUCAAGAUGCCGAGGUUAUACGGCAGUUUUCCCUCACAAAAAGGAAAUUAUUGUGCUAAAGUGUUUGUGUGCGUUAGCUAGCAGUCUCGCGAGUGGAACACAUGGAUAUCUAAAGUAAAUAUUGUAUCUUGCUAGCUAAUGUUCUUGUUAUGAAAAUGCUCCCGCCAUUGUUUCUGCAAUUCGGCACACACUCCAGAUGCCUCUUUCUUAAAAAAACACGUUGGUGUUUCCUGACAACUCAAUACAGUGUUGUCAGGAAAGUCCAUAGACCUGGUUCACUGGUGUUGAUGAACGGUUUGCCAUUGACAUUCAACCGGAAAUACGUUGGGUUGAAUACCUCUCUGAAGACAAGGGUAUCUUCUGAUUUUGACGAGGUUGGUCAUCAUGACUUCGGCGAAGUCAGAGUGAGGUUCGCUCCCAGUCCGACAGGUUUCCUGCACCUGGGUGGGCUGCGUACGGCCCUGUACAACUACCUCUACGCUAAGAAGUAUGGCGGGAAGUUCAUCCUGCGCAUGGAGGACACGGAUCAGAACCGACUGGUGCCGGGAGCGGCCGGGGCUAUUGAGGACAUGUUGGAAUGGGCUGGUAUCCCCCCAGAUGAGAGUCCCCGUCGCGGGGGGGGGAGUGGUCCCUACCUCCAGUCCCAGAGGCUGGCCCACUACAGCCAGGCUGCAGACACUCUGGUCCAGUCAGGGAAGGCUUAUAGGUGCUUCUGUAGCCAGCAGAGACUGGAGCUCCUGAAGAGGGAGGCGCUAUGCAGUGGACAGACUCCACGUUAUGACAACCGUUGCAGACACCUGCGGCCGGCCCAGGUCCAGGAGAAACUGGGUCAGGGCGUCCCCCACGUGAUCCGAUUCAAACUGGAAUCUGGGGCCGAGCCCUUUCACGACCUGGUGUUUGGCUGGAACCGGCAUGAGGUGGCUCAGGUGGAGGGAGACCCCGUAGUGAUCAAGGCCGACGGCUUUCCCACCUACCACCUGGCCAACGUAGUGGACGAUCACAUGAUGGGGGUCAGUCACGUUCUGAGGGGGUCGGAGUGGCUCAUCAGCACCUCCAAACACCUGCUGCUGUACAGGGCUCUGGGCUGGAAGCCCCCGGUGUUCGGACACCUACCGCUGCUCCUCAACAGGGAUGGCAGCAAGCUCUCCAAAAGACAGGGAGACAUCUACAUCCAAAGCUUCCAGAAAGGAGGGGCCCUACCAGAAGCUCUGCUAGAUAUUAUCACACACUGUGGAUCUGGAUUUAACAGUAACCGCAUAGGUCGUAGGAUGGAGGAUCUGAUCUCUGAGUUUAACCCAGCAAAUAUCACCACCCACUCAGCUCUGCUGGACCUGGACAAACUACCAGAGUUCAACAGGAUCCACCUGAAGCAGUGUAUUGAUGAUCCAGAGCAACGUGGUCCGCUGGUGGGCGUUCUGCAAGGGUGGAUCCAGGAAGUGUACGGAACACAGGUCCAGGAGCAGGACGUUCUGAACGCAGAAUACAUUGCAAGGGUUCUAGACCUGCGCAAGGGUCAUAUCUCCUCUUUGUCUGAGCUGGUGGCGCCUGAAUAUUCCUACCUGUGGGUUCGACCGUCCUUCUCUGACCAGCAGGUGGCAGUACUCCGCUCAGUGCCAGAGGCUAAACACAUCGCUACACUGGUUGUAAAGCUGAUGGAGGAUCGAGCUGUAGGUGAGGAUCUGUCGGUUGACAGCAUCAGUGUGGAGCUGAAGACUCUGGCUAAAAAGACCAUGAACACGAAAUACCGAGACGUUAUGAAGACUAUACGACUAGCCCUCAGCGGACUACAGCAAGGUCCAAGUGUGUCAGAGAUGAUGGUGUCAUUGGGACCCAGUGAGGUCACACAUCGCUUCAACAGAGUCCUGGAACAGCUCUCAAAGCUAGACAGCUUCAGCUGAGUCCUGAAACAGCUCUCAGAGCUAGACAGCUUCAGCUGAGUCCUGAAACAGCUCUCAGAGCUAGACAGCUUCAGCUGAGUCCUGAAACAGCUCUCAGAGCUAGACCGCUUCAGCUGAGUCCUGAAACAGCUCUCAGAGCUAGACCGCUUCAGCUGAGUCCUGAAACAGCUCUCAGAGCUAGAUAGAGCUUCAGCUGAGUCCCGUAACACCUCUUGUGGCUGCACUGAGCUGCUUCCCAGACCACAACCACUCCCUGUGUAUAUAGAGUGCCCUGUUGUAUACUUCUGUUCGCAAUAAAACUGUUAAAUUCGA